CUUCAACCAUCAACCAUGAAGGCUUAUUUGCUCGCGAUCUCUCUUCUUGUCAGCAAUUGUUUCGCUGUUACUCCCGAAGCAGUCUAUGGAGGCGGCUUCGACCACAAUAAGAAUGACACAAUUAAGCUGAAUAUUGCCAACGGAGGUGCUGGCCAAAGCGGCUUGAUUAAAGAGCUUGCAAAUGCAUACAUCAAAAAGCGCGUUGCAGACGGCGAGAAGCCAUUCCAGGUGGCAUGGAUCAAAAGUGAUACCUUUUACAGCAUCCAAUAUCUCAAGACGGGCGACGCGGACAUUGGAAUCACUUACAACCCAGCUGCGGAAGAGAUUGCGAUCAAACAAGGCAUCGCCAAGAGUCCAAGCUACUACGCUUUCCGAGAUCACUUCCUUCUCGUCGGGCCCAAAGAAAAUCCCGCGAAUAUCUCCAAAAGUGAUGACAUAAUGACCACGUUUGCGAAUCUCCACGAAGCAGCUGAAGGCCCUGCUACCGAGCCUCCUGUUCGGUUCUUGAGCCGUUACGACAAGUCUGCUACCAACAUCAAGGAGACUCUGCUAUGGGCCGGCAUUGGACAGGUUCCUUGGGCAACUGCCUACUCAACAUGGUAUCACCAGUACAUCGCUUUCCCGAUCCAAGCUCUCACAGCGGCGAUUAUCCUCCAAGAGUACACCAUCACCGACCGUGGUACUAUACUGUCCCUUGAUGCAGAGCUCAGGAAUCAGACUGUUGUUUACAAAGCGGGCAGUGAUAAGGCGGAUGACCCCUUGCUGAACCCCGCUCAUGCAUUGGUUGGUGAAAAGGCACCGAAUGGUAAAGAAGCAGCCGAGUUUAUCAAGUGGCUGGUCAGCGACAAAGGCCAGGACGUUAUUGCAGGCUUCAAGAAGGAUGGGCAGGUACUGUAUUCCAAAGCUCCAAAGGGACAAGACUGAGAAGGAAUGAGUGUCCUUGGAAAUCUCUUGUACCGUGCGCCAGAUUCAUAGCAAAGCUACUUCUUAG